GUGGCGAAUCUAUAACGACUAGGCCGACACAAAAUCAUUGGGCAGGACUGGACUGUUUGGAGCUCCAUCGGGGAGGUCAAUGGCCACCACAGUCGUGGUGGCAGCACCGACUCAGUCCGGAGGAUUAUCAAGAGACUUUGCAUGUGCUAGAUGGGGACAUAUCUCUUCGAGGUUACGUGGAAGACAAAGUAAGGCUCGACUACGACCCUUACCGGUCCGUGACUAUCCGAAUGCCGACUCUCCAUGAUAUAUUCUGUGCUAAAGUGGUUUCUGAAAUGUUAGCCCAAUUGAGGAUUCACAAGGCGAUAAACCCUUCGCGGAUUUUGCGAAGGU